AUGUCUUGGGCCCAAUUUGUGGAGAGGUUCGAGGCACAAUAUGUGCCUAAGGUGGAGCAACAGCAGAUGCAGCAAGAGUUCAUGGCCUUACAGCAAACUACCGAGUCUGUUAGCGACCUAAACGCCAAGUUCUUGGAGAUACUAUCUUUUUGUCCCUCGUUUGCCGGGAACGAGGCCUGGUUGGUCAGCCGAUACACUGCCAUUCUACGUACCGAGAUUCAGGAAUUCGUUAGCAUGCAGGAGUUCCCGACUUUAUCCGCGAUCAUGGAUGCAGCGAGGAGGAGGGAAAUAGAGUUGCAGACCCAGUCCAAGAGGAAGGCCAAUGACACCUCCUCCAAGACAUCCGGAGAUGCCCAGAAAAAGAAAAAGCAGGGUGUUCCUCAGAUUACUUUUGUUGCUCCCGUCUGCUAUUACUGCAACGAGACAGGACACAAGAAGCCCGAAUGCCCGAAGUUGAAGGCUGGUAAAGGAGGCGGAGGUACAAAUCCUGCAAUUGCAUCGUCUUCUAAGGGACCCACUAUGGUGACACGAGGUCGUGCUCACCAGAUGACUGCGGAUGAGCCGGUGAUUACCGCGACAGUGGCAGUUAGAACUGUUUACAUGAUUGUAUGUGGUGAAUCAAGCACUUAUUUGCUAGAUUCCGAGCCCGCUGUUGUUAUGUUUGAUAGUGGUGCUACCCAUUCUUUUGUAUCCCGCACGUUUAUUAAUCGUUUGGGGCAUAGUAUCGGAAAAUUGGCUCGCCUAAUGGUUGUCGAAGUUGCCGACAACCGCACUAUUUAUGUCACCGAUGUUUAUCGGGGUUGCACUCUCGAGUUUUCUGGAGUUGAAUUCCCUAUUGAUCUUAUCCCUAUUGCGAUGCAAGAGCUCUACGUUAUCGUAGGCAUGGAUUGGCUUGAUGCGUUUGAUGUGGAAAUCCACUGUCGUAAGAAGCAAGUUCGUGUUCGAAACCCUAGAGGUGGAGAACUUAUUAUUCAGGGGGACAUCCCCUGCCUGGCUAUGGUUUCUUGCUCUUCUACUAUAGCACUAGACGACGUUCCUAUCGUUUUGAACUUCAGCGAUGUCUUUCCGGAGGAACUCCCUCGCUUGCCACCUAUUCGGCAAAUGGCUCCGCCGGCUCGACUUAAUCAGCUCCAAAUGGAGCAAGUUAUGGAUAUUUUUGCUGAGGAAUUCAAUAACGCUUUCAACGAACUAAUCCCGGGUGUGACCAAUGACAUAAUCAACCAGGUCAGUGAUCUUCUGGAUGAGCGCCUCGCAGCUAUUCCUGGGGGAGCGUUACCGGCUCCGCCCGUUCGGGAUUCGGCAUACUACUUCGAGAAGUUCAACAAGUGUAGCCCUCCUCAUUGGAACGGUGAAUCCGACCCAGUUGCUACUAAGCACUGGGUGUCAGAUGUUGAGGGCGCCUUCAUGACUGUUGGGUGUCCGGACCAGUACAAAGUUGUGAUCGCCAUGAAUCAGCUGCGAAAAAGAGGAAAGACAUGGUGGAACACCAUCACCGCUCUAUUAAACGAAGAAUAA